CAACAACAAUAAGAGAAUCAACAAUAAUCAUAGCAACAACUAUAAAGUGCAACAGGUGUUGUUGGGCGUGCAGUUUAUUUUAUGUGAUUCAGAUUGAGUGCACCCGAGCGGCGUGUGCGGCAUGACGGCGGCUACUUAGACAUGCAAUGCAACAAGCAGCGCUCUACCAAGAAUUCACCAAGAGCUAAGCCCUAAAAUAAAAGCAAAGCAAAGCAAAUCAAUCGAUCGAGCACGAUCGAAGCUCUCACACUCGAGUAUAUAUAACUAACUAGACGCUAUACAAAAUGGACUCACGCAUCGGCCUGGAUUACAUAGUCGAGAAUCGUGACUACAUUGCCAAGCUGGGCACGGCCCUGGACACGCAGAACGAGACGGUCAAGAAGCAGGUCUUUGAGCUGCUCGCCGCCCUCUGCAGUCACAGCAGCGAUGGCUACGCCCGCGCCAUUGAAACCCUCGACUUUUAUAAGAAUCUCAAAGAGCAGCGCUACCGCUUCAAAAUUGUCAUCAAUGAGCUGGAACAGACCUGCGCUGCGGAAUCGCCGCCUCACAAAUAUCAGGCCACACUUUUAUCCUUCAUCAAUUGUGUGAUCAUAGCACAACCAAAUUUACAGGAGCGCAUACGUAUACGUAAUGAAUUAAUAGGCCUUAAGUUGAUGCCACUGCUGAACAACCUUAGAAAAGUUGCGCAGAGUGUGAACGAUAUCAUUUUGCAAUUGGACGUAUUCGUGGAGCAUCAGGAAUGCGACGAGGAGGCGCCCGAGGGCAUCAAUUUGAACUCGCAUCUUGAUGUAUUCUAUGCGAUAUUGCGACAGGUGGCCGACAAGCCGCAGGAGGCGCCAUUUCUUAGCAUCUUGCAGCAUCUGCUGCGCAUCGAUCCGAAGGAUCCGCUGAUCGAUGUCAUCUGGGACACCACCGAGCGGCUGGUGCAUCGCGCCACGCUGCUCGAGAGCACCGACGAUGCGCAUCGUCUGCAGCGCCAGCAGAGCACACAGAAGUUCACCUGCCCCAGUUGUCGCGCCAACGAUGCCUGCAGUCCCACAAGGAAGCCCACACAGAAGCCUCCAGCGGCGCCGCCACCGCCACCAGCGCCGGCACCACCACCGCCGCCGCCACCCGCAGUCUUCAUGGCCAAUGGAGUGAAGCCCACAGUAACAGUCAAUGGCGCACAGCCGCCUCCUCCGCCGCCGCCAGUGCCGAAUGGUUCACCGCUGCCGCCGCCGCCAGCGCCGCCGUCUCUAGCGCGCCCACGCUCACCACAGCCAGAGGUGCUGGACCAGCUGCUGCCGCAGCAGAAUACGCCGGCGCCCAGCAUGAAGAUGAAGACCAUCAACUGGGGCAAGAUACCACACAACAAGGUGCUGGACAACGAGAAUCUCUGGCACAUGCUGGCCACCAUGCAUCGCGAUAGCUCGCACAAGGGCAUUGACUUUAUGGAGAUGGAGACGCUGUUCUGCCAGCAGACGAGCAGCACGCAGGGAUCGCCCAAGCUGGGCAAGAAGAGCGGCACGGGCGGCAACAGAGACACAAUGGACAGCAAGCCGAAGAAUCCGGAGAUUACGCUGCUCGAUGGCAAGCGCAGUCUGAACGUUAACAUAUUCCUCAAGCAGUUCCGCUCCAGCAAUGAGCACAUCAUCCAGCGCAUACAGCAGGGCGAGCACAAGGAGAUUGGGGCGGAGCGACUGCGUGGUCUGCUCAAGAUACUGCCCGAGGUGGAUGAGCUGGACAUGCUGAAGAGCUUCAAUGGCGACAAGACGCGGCUGGGCAAUGCCGAAAAGUUUCUGCUGCAGCUGCUCGAGGUGCCCAAAUACAAGCUGCGUAUUGAGAGCAUGUUGCUCAAGGAGGAGUUUGCAGCGAAUGUCGCCUCACUGGAGUCCUGCAUCAAUGCUGUGCUCUAUGCCAGCGACGAUCUGCUGAGCAACAAGCCGCUCCAGGAGGUGCUCUACAUGGUCAUUGUGGCCGGCAAUUUCCUCAACUCGGGCGGCUAUGCGGGCAAUGCAGCGGGCGUCAAGUUGGCAUCGCUACAAAAGCUCACGGACAUCAGAGCCAACAAGCCGGGCAUGAAUCUGCUGCACUUUGUGGCCCUGCAGGCGGAGCGCCGCAAUCCGGAGCUGCUCAAGUUCCCCACGCAGUUCAGCACGCUCGAAAAUGCCAGCAAAACCACUGCUGAGCAGAUCAACAAUGAGAUCAGCACACUGGACACGCGCAUACGCAAGAUCAGCCGCCAGAUCGAGCAGCCCACAACGGAUGCGGACAUCAAGGAGCAGAUGACAGAGUUUCUGCAGGCGGCCGAAUCGGAGCUGCGAGUGCUGCAGGCGGCCAUGAAGCAGGUGGCGGCAAUGCGCCUCAAGCUGGCCGAGUUCUUCUGCGAGGAUGCGGGCACGUUUAAGCUGGAGGAGUGCUUCAAGAUCUUUCAUCAGUUCUGUGAUAAAUUCAGGCAAGCCAUCAAGGAAAACGAGCGGCGCCAGCUGCAGGAGCAAAAGGCGCAGCUGGCAAUGAAGCAACGCGAGGAGCAGAACGCCAAAAAGGCAAAGCAAAUGGGUCAGGCAGGCACGCCCGUCUCCGACUGCGACUCAUUUAUGGGCGAUGGCAUGUUUGAUCCUAGAGCCAGUCCGGCGCUAGUGCGUCGCCACUUGGGCUCGGGUGAGAUUAUCAACAGUUUCAUACGCCUGGAGCAGGACAGCGCCUCGCCCGAUAUAACACCCAAUGGCAGUCUGCGUCGACCACGUCAGCGUCCACCCAACCAGGAGAAUGAUCUUAUGGAGCUGCUGAACAACUCACAUGGCGGCUACGAGGGCUUCACGCCCAAUGGCAGCUUAAGACGCCGCCGCAGUCGCGUCUUGGCCAAUGAAGAUGACCUUAUGGAUGUGCUGCGCAGCUCUACAGGACCACAGGAUCACAUCAGUCGUGAGCGCAAGGCCGCCUAUGGCAGUCUGGAUCGCUCUUGGGCACGUCGCGCCCGCUCGGGCAGCUCUAGUCGCAAGCGUCCGGACUUGCUUAACAUAGACUUUGGUCUGGAUCGCGAGCGUGCCAGUUCACCGGCUCCGCUGCUGCAGCAACAGGUAUCGCUUGAGCGGCUGCAGUCGCCCUUGGCCAGCAGCGGCACAGCCACGCCCACUACAGCCGCCCAUACGCCCAAUAGCAAUGGCCCCACGAGUCUGCCAAACCAAGCGCCAAGUAGCGCAGCAGAGGAUACGAAACCGAGAAUAUCCCGUGAGUGGCGUCAGAAAAUCGAGACUUGGCUGCAGUCGAACGAAAACGAUGAGAAACAGAACGAGGAAUACAAGCGUAAGCGUCGCCUGGUAAAUGCGAACAGGCGCUCGCUCGAAAACGAAGCUGAAAACGAACGAAAACUGGAUCCAUUGCCAGAGGAGAAGAUAAUGACGACGACGACAACAACACCAACAAAUACGCCAACAAUGGCUACUAAUCCAAUUAACCAAAGUGCACGGGAUCAGGAGCAGCUGGGCAAAUAUCAGCGUGUGUAUGCCGACUGGCGGCCAUCGAAGGCGCUGGAGCAAACCGAUGUGCUGGGCAACAUGCAGGCCAUAGCUGAAGCUACUGGCACACAACCACAUCUGACCACAGCGGAGGAGCUGCGUCAGUAUAGACGUCAGCGCUCGCAGGAGCAGAGCCAAACUCCCUGCGCACUGCAGUCGAUUGCCGAAGAGGAUCGACGCAAGUCCAUUAUACAGAAGCUAGGGGAGGCGGAUAGCAGUCAUGAUCGCCUCAAGGUCUAUGUGAGACGCACCUCCAGCAUGGAUAUGCAGCCGGAGUCGGUGAUGAAACUGGAUACGACGCCUCCCAGCAAAAGCUCCACGCAGGAUGACACAUUUGCCAAUCUGUUGGAUCAUCACAAGAGUCACAACGAGUCCAAGGAACUGGAUGCGGACAACAUUGAAACGCCGCCGGUCACAAGACGCAUCAUAGCCACACCCAAUACCACAGUGGUAACAGUCAGUCUAACGGACAAGCCCAAGCAUGCGCAGGAGGAGCAGAAAACCAAGACGCAUCCAGUUGCCGGCGAGCAGGACGCACCAGGAACCUUUGAUAGGCAUGCGCUGGCGCGACGCACGCGAAGGUACAAACGACCGACAGACUAUAGUAGCGGCAAUGAGGAGCCUGCCACAGCCAGUCAUGACAUCAAGCAAUCCGCCAGCGCCAGCGAGCUACGACGCCAGCACCAGAAGGAGGAGAAGCAGCCGGCAGCAGCGGAGAAAACUCGCACCAUUACCAAGCUGGAGAAGGUGGGACGACAUAUCAGCUCCAUCAACCAGGAGGAUGUGCGUGAAGCCAUACGCAAUCUCAAGUCGCCCACGGGCACACCCGAACGCCCCUGGAGUCCACCACGUGAGCUGACGCCCAGCAAACUGAAGCUAACAAGCAGCGGCCAUCCCGAGCUCAACGAUGAGGGCUUCGAGGAGACGCAGAGCCUGGUCUCGGACACGCCCUCACACGGCAAGGGCGAGAGCACCAACUCCAGCUGCAACGAGGCCAACGACACGCCCACACAACGCUCACGCCCACUGUCCAAGCAAAAAACCAGCACCACCAGCAUCAGCCGUCUAUCCGAUCGACUGCAGCAGUCGCGUCUACGCAGCAGCUCCACAGCACCCAAAGCACAAAGCACAGCUCAAUUGCCAGCGCAGCCCAAACGCAGUCUGUCCGCCAGUCGUCCGCUGCGCAUGCCCAACGGCAGUCCCAUGCCCAGCAGCACGCCCACCAGCCAUAUACGCUCCGCCGCCUCCGCAGGCGUCAGACGCUUGCCUCAGGAUUACACCAUCUCCAUGCCCAAGUCGCAUGAUGUGGAGCGCAGCAAUUCGCGCAACAGUCUGCGCUCAUCCAAGUCCUCCAUCAACAGCGGCGCCUCCACGCAGACCGUAGUGCGACGUCUGCCCGCCGUUCAGCGCACUGCCAGCGCCCAUGCCACCGUCUCCGUGGACUCUUCGCCCAGCAAACGCCCGCUGGCUGCACAAAAUACGCGUCUAACAACAGGACGAGGUGUGCCUGCCAGUCGCAGCAGCAGCAGCGGCUCCAGCGUCGGUCCCAGCGUCAUUGUGGUGCGCAGCAAGCUAACGGCCACGCCCCGCAGCACUGCACCGGCGACUACGAUAGGCAACAGCACCAGCUUUAAGGAGAAUCAAAGCACAGCAGCCUCAAGACUGACAGCGGCGCGCAGUGCCAUGCUGGUCAAGAAUGUCAUCAACCAACAGCAGCAGCAGCAGCAGCAGCCACAGGUGACGGUCAACAGAAGCAACAGCAGCAGCAGUCCACAGCAGCGCAGCAAUCGAUCCGUCAGUAGCUUUAUGCGUCCCACAGCCAGCAGCAGCACCAAGCGGCAAAAGUAGUCCAAGCUGCAGUGCAGCUGGCCCACAGUCCAAACGUCCCCAGUUUACACACUCAAGUUACAAAUCACGGAAUACAUCCGUCCAAGCUAAAUGACAACAAAAUUUACAAUUUAUCGAAUUUUUACUCUGUUAAAGCUACACACACACACAUACAUAACUGCAUAGACACUUAACCCCGAACUCUCUCGGAGAUUUAUUUAUGAGCUGUAUUUACACCAAGAGUACCAUAUAGUUAAUAGCGUGGGUCCAAGCACAGGGUUCGGUUGACUCCCCCCCAACUCCAACACAUUCCAAAGUACAUCCAGCCACAGCGCCAGCGAGCUCUGUUGCCGCCCCCCAUGGGUUUCGUCACAAAUGUGUAAUCGCUGUUUUCAUCGUUUCCAAGGACCUCUUACAUUCUAACUAAUUGUUAAGUACAACACGCAACAUUGUUAAAUCUUACUUAUAUGUAUUUGAGCUCAAAAAAAAAAAAAAAAAA